GUAUGAAAGUGACGCAGGGACGCUCGCCGCUCGACAGUUUUCCCUCCUCGUUGACGGAGCUAGGCCGAUGCUAAGCUAAACACACUUCACCGUGUAACACUGUGGACUCGGCAGCUUCAGCACCGCAGCAGGAAGGUCCACGAGCAACACGACACCCGCCACAAAGUUGUUCCAGAAGACUUAUGCGGUCCUGCUAGCAGGGCAAGAUGUUCAACAAGUCAUUUGGUACUCCCUUCGGCGGAGGGACGGGAGGGUUUGGCACCACAUCGACCUUUGGACAGCAAAACACGGGUUUUGGGGCGACAGGAGGCUUUGGGACGUCUGCGUUCGGGGCCACUGCCAACACUGGAGGGCUGUUUGGUACCACACAGAAUAAACCUGGCGGCCUGUUUGGGACCAGCACGUUCAGCCAGCCGGCGACUUCCUCCACUGGAAGUGCCGGCUUCGGUUUCGGUGCAGCGACCGGCACUUCGACCAGCCUGUUCGGCAACACUGGAACGGGAACCACCGGCGGACUCUUCUCCCAGCCGAACAAUGCCUUCGGUGCCAACAAACCCACCUCGUUUGGAAGUUUCGGGACGAGCACCAGCAGCGGCGGGCUGUUCGGGUCCACCAACACCACCUCCAACCCUUUCGGUGGUGCGUCCCUGUUUGGCGGCUCGGGGUUCACCGCCGCGCAGCAACAGCAGCCGGGAACAACCGUAAAAUUCAAUCCUCCAACAGGAAGUGACACAAUGGUAAAAGCAGGUGUGACCACGAGCAUCAACACCAAGCACCAGUGCAUCACGGCCAUGAAAGAAUACGAGAACAAAUCUCUGGAGGAGCUGAGGUUGGAGGAUUACCAGGCGGGCAGGAAGGGCCCCACCAACCCAAUGGCUGCAGGGACCGGCGGUCUGUUCGGCACAGCCACGGCGACAUCCAGCGCCGCCACCGGCCUGUUCGGCUCCUCGGCCCCCAACACCAACUUCUCCUUCGGACAGAACAAGAGCACCUUCGGAGCCGCAACGCCUGCUGCCGGUUUCGGUGCGACCGCCGGCAGUCUGUUCGGGCAGCAGACGCAGCAACAAGCCAGCAGCCUCUUCAAGCCGUUCGGCCAGGCCACCACCACACAGAGCACCAGCUUCUCCUUCGGCAACACCAACACUAUGGGACAGGCCAACACCAGCAGCAUAGGUUUGUUCGGAAACACCGCGGCACCGCAGACCGGCGGGUUGUUCGGAGCUGCUCAGCCGACCGCGGCGGCCACCGGCUUCGGGGCGGCCGGCUCGCUGUUCGGCCAAACCAACACAGGAUUUGGGAACGUUGGCACACAGCAGAGUUUAUUCGGUAAUAAGACCGCCGGGUUCGGCACCACGACCACCAGCGCGCCGUCCUUCGGCACCGGCACCGGACUCUUUGGAAACAAGCCGGCCCUCACGCUGGGGACCGGCACCAACACCUCCACCUUCGGUUUUGGUGCAAACCCCGCUGCAGGGAGUCUGUUUGGUAACAAGCCGGCCACAGGAGGACUGGGGACCGCGCUGGGAACGACGUUCGGAGCAGCAGUGGGCGCCGGACAGACGUCUCUGUUCGGGAACAACCAGAACAAACUGGGCACCACGCUGGGAACGAUGGGAACGUUCGGAGCGACCGGAUUCAACAGCGGAGCCGGCACUCUGGGCUUCGGAGCGCCACAGCAGCCCGUCGCGCUCACGGAUCCAAACGGAGCAGCCGCCCAGCAGGCCAUGCUCCAGCAGCAGCUCAGCGUCCUGGCGUACUCGCCGUACGGAGACUCGCCGCUGUUCAGGAACCCGCUGUCAGACCCGAAGAAGAAGGAGGAGCGUCUGAAACCGACCAAUCCGACGGCCCAGAAGGCUCUGACCACGCCCACCCACUACAAGCUGACGCCCCGCCCGGCGACCCGAGUCCGGCCCAAAGCGCUGACGUCGUCCGGCGCCUCCAAGUCGCAGCUCUUCGACGGGCUGGACGACGACGAGCCCUCGCUCACCAACGGGGCCUUCAUACCCAGGAAGAGCAUCAAGAAACUGGUGCUGAAGAACCUGAACAGCAGCCAGUACAGCAGCCCGGUCAGCAAGGAGGCCGACGACCUCGCUUCACCCUCAGAGUACCCACAGAACGGACACAGUCACGUGGAGGAGGAGGAGGAGAUGGCGGGCCCCAGCAGCCGAGCAGACGACGACCCUGAGGUCACUCAGUUCUACGUCAACCCCAUCGCCAAGCCGAUCCCGCAGGGCCGCGCCCACACCAGCCUGCAGGACACCAUCAGCGAGCUGAACAUGCACAAACCGGCCCGCAACGGACUGGAGCUGAGCAGCGAGGACGUGUCGGCAUCUCUGGGAGACGAGUCUCUGCAGGAGGACCGAGAGGAGGAGCAGCAGGAGUCCCAACAGCCUCCUCACCCCGCAGGCAUCGUUCUGAACCGCGUCGGUUACUACACCAUCCCCUCCAUGGACGACCUCGCUGAGAUGGUGGAUGAGAACGGAGAGUGUCUGGUGGAGAACUUCACCGUCGGCAGGAAAGGCUACGGCUCCAUCUUCUUCCCCGGCGAGGUGAACGUGACGGGACUGAACCUGGACGAGAUCGUCCACUUCAGACGCAAAGAGGUCAUCGUUUACCCCGACGACAAAAACAAGCCUCCGGAGGGGGAGGGGCUCAACAGGCGAGCGGAGGUCACUCUGGACGGCGUCUGGCCCAACGACAAGACCACCUGCACUCAGAUCAGGAGCCCCGAGCGCCUGACGGAGAUGAACUACGAGGGCCGGCUGGAGAAAGCUUCACGCAAACAGGGCGCCCGCUUCCUGGAGUACCGAGCGGAGACCGGGUCCUGGGUGUUCGAGGUGGCCCACUUCUCCAAAUAUGGCCUCCAGGACUCUGACGAGGAGGAGGACGUCCCUCCCAAAGCCGACCCCAAGAAGCUGAAGACGAUGAUGUCGCUGCCUCCCUCCAGGCUGCAGCAGCAGCUUCCCCCCUCCCAGCAGCAGGUGGCGCCACAGGCUCAGUCCACGGCGGUGGUGGACCUCCCGGGCGGCGUGGUGGCGGAGCUGGACAGCGACAUGGCCGACAUCACCCAGAGCUUCCCCACAGAGAGCAUGCUGGGAGGAGAGGAGGACGGCGAGCCGCUGGCCGAGGAGCUGGAGACGAGCGGCGGGAAGCUCGGCGGUUCGAUCCCCGCAGAGCACGACGGCAUCACAGGACACAUGACGUCAUCUCUGGGGAUCAACCCACACACCCUGCAGAUCAUGAAGGCGUCUCUGUUCGCUGAGGACGAGGACGAUGGCGACAUGUUCCAGGAUCACAUGAAGGUCUCCGCUGACCUGUCGUCUCCUCGCAUCGUCCUGCCGGGAACCCAGAGCCGAGCCUCCGUCGGCGGUCUCCUUCAGGCUCGUUUCACCUCGGGCCUCUUCUCUCAGCUGUCGGACUCCCCCGUCCUCCCCUCCUCCCCCCCCCCUCUGUCCCGGGGCUCUCCGGCCGAGCCCCCCCGCUCGCUGCCCUGGCCCGGCUCCGCCCCCUCGUCCUUCCUGCUGCCUCAGCGAGCUCCGGAGCCGGCGGUGCGGACGGUGGGCGUGCGGCGGCUGGGCGGGCCCGUCCCGCUCCGAGAGUCGGUCACUCAGGGGAAGGGCGGUUUGCUGAUGGACGCCGGGCUGUUCGCGGGGCGCUCCUUCCGGGUCGGAUGGGGUCCCGGCUGGACGCUCGCACACUGCGGCCACCGGCUGAGCUCGCCCACCAAACCGCUCCAACACCAGGAGGUCACCAAGACAGACUUCAGCUUCCUGCCCAAAGCUGCCAGGAGCAAACCGCUGACAGAAAGCCCCUAUAAGGUGGUGCUGGAGCAGCUGGUGGGUCUGGAGCCUCCGGCGGCGAAGCUCGGCGAGGAGGACGAGGACGAGGAGAGCCGGGCGGUGCUGCAGCGCCCCCUGGAGAUCUGUCUGAAGCACAGCACCAUCGAGGCAGCGGACGACGACUCGGCCUGCCCUCUGGUGCGGCCGCAGGUCGGCGUGGCGGCGCUGCACGAGUACGCCGAGUGGAUCCGAGAGCUGAACGACAAGCAGGGAGACGCAGACCCCCUCCUGGGUCACUGGGCCGAGGUCUGGACCCUGUGCGAGGCCCUCUGGGGCCGGCUGGGCCCCGCCGACCAGGAGCCCGACGGCGAGGCGCCCGGCGAGUACGAGCAGCAGCUGGAGAGGAGGCGGAGCUUCUCGGCCUGGCUGUCCCGCGGCGCCGCCUGCAGGGUGGAGGAGGAGGUGGCGCUGGCCGGGAAGGGGCGCCACACGGACGCCAUCUUUAGCUACCUGACGGGAAACCGCAUCAGUGAGGCCUGUCGGCUCGCUCAGAGGGAAGGAGACCACCGUCUGUCCCUGCUGCUGUCUCAGGCUCUGGGGUCUCAGUACUGCAGGGACCUGUUGGCCCUCCAGCUGGCCGACUGGAGCCGCAUGCAGACAGACAGCUACCUGCCCGAGGAGCGCCUCCGCAUCUUCGCCCUGCUGGCCGGGAAACCCGUGUGGCAGUCGUCGGACUCGGUGGUGAACGUUUGCUCCGAGCUGGACUGGAAGCGCUGCGUGGCCGUUCACCUCUGGUUCAUGCUGCCUCCCACCGCCUCCGUGGCCGACGCCCUCGCCAGAUAUGAAGCCGCCUUCCAGGGCUCCUGUGAGGGGGGGAAGUACGCCUGCGCCCCGCUGCCGCCGUACCUGGAGGCGGAGCAGCCGGACAUGGAGGAGGAGGAGCAGGAGGAGGAGGAGGAGUCUAAGCGCUCGCUCCAUGACCUCUGCUUCCACCUGCUGAAACUCUACAGCGACAGACACUACAGCCUGCAGCAGCUGCUGGAGCCUCUGACCGUCACCUGGCAGCGCCUGGACUACCGUCUCACCUGGCACCUGUGGGGCGUCCUGCAGGCGCUGCACUACAGCCACCUGAGCGCCGCACGCCAGGGACUCCUCCACGCCUCCUACGCCGCCCAGCUGGAGAGCUCCGGGCUCUGGCACCACGCCAUCUUCAUCCUGCUGCACCUGCCAGACCACACCCAGCGGCGGCGGGCGGUGCGGGAGCUGCUGACGCUGCACUGCCCCCUGCAGGAGACGGAGGAGUCGGUGCGGAGGGAGCGCUUCCUGACGGAGCGGCUGCUGAUCCCGGAGCAGUGGAUCCACGAGGCCAAGGCCACCCGAGCACGCCGCGACGCCGACCACCACCAGGAGGCGCUGCACCUGUACCGGGCCGGAUACUGGAGCCAGUGUCACCGGCUGCUGAUCCAGCACCUGGCCUCAGAUUGCAUCAUCAACGACAACCACGACUACCUGCUGGAGUUCCUGGAGGGGCUGGCGGUCCCUGAACACAGCGCCACCAUCCAGGACUGGGACACCGCCGGCAGGGUUUACCUGGACUACAUCCGGGUCAUCAAGACGCUGCAGGACAUCCAGCAGAUGGAGAACGCCGGCUACGAGCUGGAGCGUCUCUACACCGACGUGACGUCUCUGUGCAGCAGAAUCGAGCUGCUGCCCUGCAGCACCGCCAGAGACCGCCUCGCCCAAUCAGAGAUGGCGAAGCGUGUGGCGAACAUCCUGCGGGUGGUGCUGAGUCUGCAGCAGGGCGACGCCGCCUCCGACUCCCUCAGCAUCCCGCUCGCCCAGCUGGCGCCGCACAUCACCCGCCUGCCGAUGCCGGAGGACUACACGCUGGAGGAGCUGCGCGGCCUCACGCAGUCGUACCUGCGGCAGCUCAUCGUCAGCCAAUGAGAGCGCAGGCGGAGUCAGAAACGGGUCGUGGUGAUCUCGGCCGCUCUGACAUCAUGGAAACCAUCCCCAAGUUUAAACGAAGUCGUCGAGGAGAAAAGUUUCGGCGGCGGCGUGAUUCUGGAGUUGACUCACUUUAGUUCCGGGCGCCGUUCGUUUUGAAAAAGAACCGAUACGUCAUUCCUCUUCUGUGUGUGUUUGUCGCUUCAGGGCAGAAUUUAAACAAUAAACAACGACAAGAGACACAAAAUAAACAUCAGACCAGUCAGGAUCUAUUUACUACGAUCCUCAAAGAAACCGUUUGGAUGUUUGAAGUGAUUCUACGAGUGUUUACCCGACAACACGGAAGCUUACAUUUUUUUUAAAAAGCCCCACCUACAAUCUGUUCAGAGCCUCCAAUGACAAAAACCAGAAGCUUCACCUCACAGGACGCAGGAGUUUCUGAUCUGCUGCUCCAAACACUCGUUUGCUUUGCUUAUUGUGUGACUAUGUUGGGUUUUUGUGGUUCCGAACCGUUUUAAAACACAAAACUAACUAAAUUAUCUGAGCAGCGGGAGAUCCACAACUCCUGUUUUCUGUCAGGUAAAGUUACUGGUUUUGUCACUGGAGUCUGGUGACUCAUUAUCUGAGGACUCAGGUCAUUUAAGGGUGAUUUCACGUUUUAUUUCACAUUUUCUCUAUCAAACAGGAUUAGCGCACUGAUACAUCUCACCUUGAAAGACGCCGUAAACUCACGCAGGGCGCCAUCGCGAAGGAACGAACUCGUUAUUUAGACAAUUUUCUGCUUUAGCUUGCUGUCAGACUGUCAGAGGAUUUAAACCCGAAACUCCUGCAGCAGAAAGAGAGUGAAACUUUAACCAGAUGUUAAAGAUAUAAUCCAGCUUCAGGUCCCGUCGUAUGAACUUAAACAAGACUGUUUGGUGGAGAGAUAACCGGCGGAAAAUAUUCUAAAUAAAGCAACGAAACUGAUUUCAGUGCUGCUGAAGAUACUGCAGAACAUCUAAACUCCCUUUAACACACAAAAACCAUCGUAAGACAAAAAUACUUUUGUUUCAAAUCAACUUGAAUUUCUGGAUUUUUUAACUCAAAGAAAAACUAAAAGUCUAAAAGUUUGAAUCAUUUUCUCCGUUGAUCCCAAACAUCGUCUUGUUUCUGUUCAUUUUUUGUUCAGUGUGAAAAUCUUUCGCUGGACUCUUUAAACUUGCUGCAGUUUUGUGUUUAAGUUGCAUUUUUGACUCUGAUCGAUCUUUGGAAAUUCAAAAGUUUUAGUCAAAAGUUUUGGAUUCGUCCUUAAAUUUGAAUGUUAUUUUAUGAGCUUUCUGUGUUCAUGUUAGACCAAAAAUUAAGACAAUUAAAACAUUUUGUAACGUUCACAUUUCAGUGCAGAUAAAGUUUAUUGUUAUAAAUGGUAAAAUAAAGUUUAGAGCGAGCUGAUAAAUUUCAUCCUGUGCAGAAAUAAAAAGGAGACAAACUCCAACACGCGUUCCAGAAGAAUCACAGACAGAUUUAGUUUUCUAAAACUGUAAAAGGAUCCGGUAGAGUCAUUCCCGCUCCGUUUGUUGUUUAUUAUCAAAUUCUCCCCAUAAAAACAGUAUUUCCUUGUCUAAAUAUCGUCUUUGUAACUGAGCGUGUAAAUGUAACAUCCGAAACUCGUUUUGACCUCCGACCCCAAAGAAAGUGCCGCCGCGUUAGUGAUGAGUUCGGACACUAAAACGGAUUUGGUUUUAUUCUAUAAAUGAACGGCGGCCGUUACCGUAGCGACAGUAGCGUCUGUUCAUCUGUCGAUAUGUGAAUAAAGAUCUAAAUAUUGAAGACGAGCGGCGGCGUUGACGACGACGUGCACAACGUUGGUUUUGUUUUGGAGAAAAGCUCAACAUGCAAAAGUGUAAAAUGCCGAAUGGUCUAUUUUUGUAGAUUUCUUGUUUUUCUGUUUGGUCUGAAUGUAAAUCAGAAGUGUGUGUGUGUGUGUGUGUGUGCACGCAACAAACAAACACCUUUUCUUUUUUAUUAUGAUGAUUAUUAUUAUUAUUAUUAUCAUUGGCACUUGGUUACAGUUUGGUGGUCAGAUUGAUAAAG